AUGGUGGCAAAAACAAAGAAGUCGAAAGCCAGUCCACCUGGAGCUUCUCGUGGAGGCCAUGCGGCCGCGGCGAUGGCUAAGAGCGCGUCGUCUGGAGCUUCUUCUUCGGCCAAAAAAAAGAUCAAUAAGAAGACGCGUGCAACAGGUCGCGGCACUGCGGCUGUCCCGCCGCGCCCCAUGAUGAAGAAGUCCGCCACCACCAGCGGGAAAAAGAUGGCGGCAGGGAAGAAGGCGAACCCCAAAAAGUCUGUCAAGCCCAGCCGUGGGAGUGCAAAGAAGCCGGCGGCGGCGAUGAAGAAGGUCUCUUCUGAAAAAGAACUGGCCUCCAGCGCGGCAGCCAGCAACGACGUGGCGCCUUCCGCUGCGCCGUCUAUGAAGAAACGGGCACCGCGUUCCGCGGCGGCCGCCGCCCCGGCGAAGAAGAGAACCUCUUCUUCCUCGGAAAAAAAGACUAAGAAGAGCCCGCCCAAGAAAGUCGCUGCACCCAAGAAGAAGGGUCCUGUCAAGAAAGCCAAGAAGGCAGGAAAGAAGCAGUGA